UGUUCAUUCUCAUGUACAGUCGUGAUAGUGCCGGAGUUGUGAUUGUGAAUUUACAUUUUUGCAUGCAUCGUAUCGUUUUGCUUGGCUGAUCCGAGUAGAAUAGACUAACAUAAAUUGAGGAUGGCACCUCGAAAAAACAAACGGCAGCCAAAAGGGCCGUACUACUUUUUUAUGAUGGAGUUCAAGAAGAAGAAGGAAGCCGAAGGACAUGUCUUUCGUGGUGGUCACCACGAGGUCCAGCUAAAAGCAUCACCCCACUGGAAUGCAUUGUCGGAGCAGGAAAGAGAGCCCUACCAAAAAAUGGCUCGCGAACACAGAGAAUGGCUCCGGGAUAAUGGCGAAAAAUACACAUCACAAGGUGUACCACUGUCGAUGGUAGAGGCGGAACAAAAAGCUAAACUGCAAAAGGUGGAUUUGAUACGGAAUACGAUCACCACUAUGCUAGAAACAGCUGUUGCCAACAAUGCUCUUGAGAAACAAGAAUUUUAUUUCAUCUCAUUUGCCUACUUUUGCGUCACGUCAGGCGGAACUUAUAUUCCGGCCGAAAUGGGAGUGGUUCGCUACAGUCUUAAAGAUGGUGUCAUGGAUAAGCUGCAUAUGUUAAUCAACCCGGGAAAGCUUCCACUGGGUAUGGCUUACGAUGCUAAGCUGCAUUCGGAAAGCGACCAUCAGCUUGCUAUUCCGCCAGAUGCAGAGGGAGAAACGGAUAAUGAUGAAAUCAUUCUUAAGUUGUUUAGUUUUCUGUCUCAACAGGAGAAAAUGCCACCACUUUUUACCGAUUCGACUGACAUGAAGAUGGUGGAGAAUAUUUUGAAGGGAAUACUAGAGCAGGGGGCCAUGGAUGCCAACACCUUGCUUGUGUGUCCUCUGUCGGAGUUGUUUUACCAUUUGAAACUAGCAACCGAAAGUUUCGGUUUGGACAUCAAGACAUUCCCGUCAGUUCACAUUGCACAGGCCAUUAUUCAGAAAGAUGUGUACGAGUACACAAAAGAUAUAGCUUGUGAGAGACACGAAGAGUUGGGCAACGGUAAAUAUUGCCCGCUGUCAAAAUGCGUCCGUUGGGCGUUUAUUAUUUCCGAUAGCUGCUGCCUUGAUCUUAGCAUUGAAAUGAAACCAGGCCGUCAUUUACCGAAGAACGCCGAUACGGCGUUGUUGUCUAACACGCUUGCAGACUCUAGUUCAUUCAUAAGUGCUCAGUUUGAUAACUGUUCCUUCGUUUCCUCAUCGGAAGUGACUCAUUUGACGAACCCGAAAUUGCAAAAACUAAGCAAGGGACACUACGAUUCGCUGGAUUCUCGCGGCCGAGUAAUACCGAAACCGGGAUCGUCAUCUUCCUCCGGCUAUUACGACCAGGAUCGCAGAGUCAAGAUUAAAGAUGAGUACCCCUCGCUCAGUGACUCAAUGAAGAAAUACGAUUCUUCAAGUAGCUAUUCUAGCAGCAGCCGCAAAGACUCCAAAAGCGCAUGGGGAUCUUCAUACGACCGACAUGACCGUGACCGUGACCGAGACAGCAGCCGGUACGAUCGAGACCGUGAGCGCGAUCGUGAACGUGAUCGAGAGCGAGAACGAGAGCGUGAUCGUGAGCGCGAACGCGAGCGAAACCGAGAGCGUGAUCGCGAACGUGAACGCGAUCGUAACCGCGAAUACGACUCUCGUCGCCGCGAUUCCGUUGAACGCCGUCGCGAUUCCGGCGAUCGGCGUCGCCGAGAUUCCGACGAGCGCCGUCGCGAUUCUAUCGAACGCUACCGCAGCGAAAGCAGCCGCAGCAGCGCUGACUAUUCGUAUCGUGUCAAACGGGAAAAGUCCUCUACGGAUUCUGAUUCCGAUGAUCUGGGCUCUCGGUCAUCGCGAUCGGUUGACCCACACCGGGCCGUCGGAGGGUACGGUCGAGGUUCGCUAUAUGCAGCCGCCACUGCGGCGUCUCGAUCUCCCCCGAGCGGCAUUAGGGGAUUUUCCUCCAGCGAUUUCCCAGAGCUGGGAGCGGUCCGCAGCGCCGGGCGUGGUCAGCUUAGCAAGUAAGAUAUAAAGUAUGAAAUUAUUGACAACCGGCCAGGCAUCCGGGACUGCUAAUUUUACCUGCUACGUGCAUGUUUUGGAUUCUCUAGUAAGGGAAAACAAUUCCUGAUUUUAUAAGGCAAGUUCUAAUUGUACAUUAAGUUUCCAAAGUUUUUAUUUUGUCAGUGGGUUUUGUUUUGCUGUACCUUUUUCGUUUGUUUUAACUCAGUAAUCUUCAUUUUCAUAUUCAUUUUUUUUAAAUUCUAACAAAUUACGAAUUCACAAUUGGUAAUAUUGUGACCACCAAUUUUUGAAGAAGAAUUAUUAAAUUUUUAAAUAUAUCUUUAGGUCAUUAGGUGUUAAUUUCUACAAAAUAUAUACUUACAUGAUUCAAUCUGCUAACAUUUACGCUUCAUGUUUAAGUGAAUUUCUACUUAAUCCCACACAGUAAAUUGAUAAAAUUUGAAAGAUAUGCUCCACAAUUGAUAAAUUCAACGGUAAAAAAUACCUUCAGUGACCGUGCAUGUGUCUCAGACAGAAUAAUUGUAAUAAUAAUAGAAAGCAGAAUCUAGUUUUAGAAAGAACCGAAAAGAAAUUGUGAAAAAGUUUGAUAUCUAAAAAUUGUAAGUGCAUUGUGUAAAACGUCAGUCGUGCUAGUACUUGAUAAAUGACGCAGUUUUAAUCCGUUACAAUAAAGCGGCAUACGCCGCCAG